AGACGCGGUGCGCGUACACAUUCCCGCUGAAAUAUGUGAUUUUCUCUGAGCCGAAUGGUCCGCGAUUGCGGCUCUUGUUCAACGGAGUGGUUCUCCCUCGGCGAAGGCAGGCAAGGCUAAUUUUGCGAACCACGGGGAACCGGAGCCGUGACCUUCGUGUUCUCCUCGAGCCCGGCCAGUCGUUGACCGACGCCAUUUUGUGACCACGCACCGACGUAAACAUCAAACUUUCUAAUCGUGUUUAUCCACUUGCAGGAGCCAAUUAGCCGAAUCGUACGGGUUGACUCACGAAUCUGCGAGGUUUUACGAUUUCCCUGUGCAGGAGAUUGCCCUUGAAUUGUCAAUCCUUUCCCUUGAGGGGGCGACGCGUUUCGCGCCAAUUUGACUACUGCACCUGGUGCAUCUGCCUACCUAAAGAACAGCUGUCCCAAGCGUUCCAGGGUCACGGUUUCCUGCAUGAUUAUGUAUUGACUCCUCCCGCAGGGCUGUAAGGUAAAACCGCAUUACCCAUUGAGGGUAUUUUAGCUAUGUGCUACCACUUUUCCAACGAUACCACAAUCUACCUUCUCUGAAUGAAGUGUUCGACUCUACGCACGAUGUGCCAGUGAUUCCCUCUACGUUGGUGCCACUCUGCAUGUAGCAAUCGGAGCAUUUGCAGAUAACUUUGUUGGAGUCGACGUAUGAGUUGUACAGAAUAUUCCCUCACUGAAAUUCUGGAGAUGUAUGCAGUGAUUCAGCGUCCAUAGAUAACUACAGAUCCGUUUCAUAAGCAUCGACGCUCGAUCGUAAUACCUGUGGAGUAUCGCUUGGAAUUAAGUUGGAUGAUGAAAGAUCUGACCAAAACAUCAUCAGAAUUAAUUAUGAAAUAAUCUAUACAGAAGUUUUAGUAUUAUGGUAUAGAUUAUGUAAAGACUGUGAACGAAGACUCUGAAAAAGGAAUUCGAACACCUGUGAGUGAAUGAAGAUUUUACUGUGAAUGAAUCAAUAUGGAAAUGCAUAGAGGAGUUCUUCUAAAUCAACAUUUUGUGCUUGUAAACAGUCAAAAUUAUACUGUUUUACAUUCCAUAACAUGUAUCUCAAGAAUGAGACACUGAGUGUUAAACUCAGGUAUCGCAACCAUUCGUUGAAAUUGAUUGAUUGGCACAGAUUAUUGUAUCAGUAAAUGAGUUGUGGUAGAUUUUAGAAAUGGAUGUUUUAUAAAGUCUCAGAGAGUACUGCAACUCAUGGUAUAUCAAAGUACUUGGUGAACUAAGUUAAUAGCGAGACACGUGUUCUACAAAGUAUUUUUAAAAGAGCCAAUGAUCGUGAGAAUGUGAAUGAUGGUAUUCCACAUUCCAGAAUAUACAUUGUAGCAAAUGUAAACGAAGUGCUACAUUGAGAUCUUUAAAUUGUACAUAUAUGUGAUAAAUUAAGUGACAAGUUACUGCAGUGUGGAAUUGCACUGGUUUCUAAAACUCAUUGCUCCACAUAAAGGCUCGUACAAAACCAUCUGUAAAUUAUAUAUCACUUAUUUUGAUCAAUUUAUAAUUAAACGAGAACUUUUAAUAAGUCUUUAACCUUCCUUCAUUUAUAAAGGAAAACUAUUUUUUAAGAGCUUUGGAAAAGAGUUAUUACAAUAAUGUGAUAAGCGGAUGUUUCAGUUAUUAUCAUAGAAAUGAACCUAACUUAAUAUGUAACCUAAAACUCUAAAAGAAGUCACUGGUGUAAUUUUUAAUGUUUCUAAUGAUAUGUUAAAUAAUUUUUCCUUAUAAACAAGAGACUCCAAGUGUGAGGUAAAUAAUAAGGGAUGUUAAACGAUUUGCAUGUUGUGGAUGACACAUAAGCUGAAACAUGUCCGGUGACUCGGGAUGGAGCUCUGUCAUUCCCCAUCAUUCCGAAUUGGAGUUACAAAAUUGGAAUUGGGACGAGAACGAUGGGGAGCUGGAACGAGAACUUCCUUCGACGGUUGAUAUGGAGGCGAUAAAAGGUGGCGGUAGUUGGGAUCCUGCCAGUGGUCCUCAUGGAACUGAUUCCAUGGAUUCUGAACAAGAUUCUGAUUCUGAGGAUGAAAGCUCAGGUGGAUCCGAUGGUAGUUGUUCUUAUUCGGACUCUAAUUCAGAAUCAGAAGAUGAAAGCAGUGGAGAGGAAGGCGAAGACAGUGGAUCUAAUUCUGACUGUACUUCUGAACACAGUGAACAGACAUUCUCAAUACAAGAGACAAAUUUUGAACAGGGAGCAUUGAAAUUAAAAAUUACUAUGAAAGCUCCAAAAAAAGAGGAAAUGGAAAAACCAAAAUGCGAUAAAGGAAGAAGGGUACUUUCUAGAAGAACAAAAGCUGUCAAUCGUAGUGCAAAGACUUCAGAAGGCAGUAGCGAGGAGUCGGACUCAUCGGGGAGUAAUCCUUCGUCACAAAAUUUGCAACAACCACUGGCGCCACAGCAGCAGCAAACUCAACCAUCUCAGCAGCAACAGCAACAACCUCUGCAGGAGAUUAACCAAGAAGAUUUAGCAGCCAUUUUACCGGACCAGGAGCACGAGGAUGCUCCAUUCGAUGGUUUCGAGGAUUCUGAAAGUGGCCGGAUAGUGUCAAGAGCCAUCGAACGAAUGUCACUCGGAGCAGAUUCUGACACAAGUGAGAAUGCCGAUCAGAAUCCUGUGCCGGUGUACAGUUCAACGUUACUGCAGCAGUUCGUGGAGAAAACGGCUCUCCUAUCGGAACCACGAAAAAGACGAAGUAAGCUGGUAAAGAAGUUAAACGAACCAGAAUAUGCUUGCAUAUCAAACGUUUCUCCAGAUUCAGGAAUACAAUCGGUAGACAACAGUCCAUUGCAUUUGGGAGUCAAUCCUGCAAGUCCACCUGCUGCAGUCCAGUCUCCGAUUCAAGUAGCACCGCCAAAACCUGCGGUCAAUGUGGAUCGGGUACUAUAUCCACCGAAAAGAAAGCCUGGAAGACCGGCUAAAGGCGUAUCCACUCAACCUAGGGGACCAGGAAGGCCAAGACUAAAGCCUGAGAUCGCGCAGAAAAUUGAAAAAAUUGAAAACGAGCUAAACGACAGUCCUGCAACAGACAAACCUGCUAAGGAGGACGCAUCUAACGAAAAGUUAAAAAAUGAGAAAUUAAAUUCGUCACAAGUGAAGCCCCAAGCAAAACUGGAAAUGAAACAGGAUACCACCGUAAGAAGCAAAAACCUCAAAAGUAAGAAGUCUUGUCAAAAGAAGAAGUAUAGUCCCGUUAAAACAUUGCAAGAGAAGCCUUCUUCGAAGAAGGAUAAGUUAUCUCCGACGAGAGAAAAGUGCCUAAAUAAAUCAGCACCUACUAAGCACACGAAGGUGUUAACGCGGUGUGAUGGUAGAGCUUGUAAGAAACGACAGGAUAAGUCUUAUACGAGUAAGGGCAUUGCUUCUCCGUGUCGGCAAAGAUCCGCCGAUAAGGUAUCCAGCGAAGAGAGGAUCGUUAGCAACACUAAGAAAAGCUCGAAGGAAAAUAGAAUAGACCCUUCCGUGCUGUGUAAAAAGCAGAGUACCCUAAAGAAAUCGGCGCCACAGUCUUCUCGUCGAGUUCUAAAGGAAAACAAAAGCAGCAAAAGAUCAACUACUGAAUUAGAAACCAACGGAGUCGGGGUACAAACUAUGAUUUCCAUGCCCAUAGAAGGCGAUGCUUUAAAGUCAGAACUCUCAGACAAUGUUUUCGGCAAAGCCAACAAAGCUGUACAAUCCAUGCACAAUCAUUGCCAUAAGCAUCAUCAUCACAAGCACAGGAGACGUUUAAUACCACCAAAGACACCUAUACGAGUAGAUCCGUGCAUCGUGGAGGAACUGGAGAAGCUCAUCGAAGAGUUCUCUAAAUCCUGCAGUUUGGGAAGAUACAGUGCAAAUUCCGGCCACUCUGAACUGCCGCAAAUAUUUCGGGUGAAAAAAAUGACGAAAAAGAGGAAGGGUGGCGACGUAAGUAUUAACGACGAGCAGAAACUGAAGAGGCGCUUAAAAAAGGAGAAAGCUCCUCUUAAUAUCGAUUCGAAAAGCAAUACGAACACCAGCACAAGCUCCAAUUCAAACGAACAACGGUUGCCCCUUAAGAAGAGGCACUAUCAUGUAUCUAGUCCCCAUAGUUCUCAAAGCUCCAAUGCCAGUUGUACAGACACAAAUGCUAACGAGUCUAAUUCUACGGAGAGUCACAUAGAAGAGGCCAUCGAAGCGACCAUAACACGAUACGGAGGAAGUUCCGGUGGGAAUUCCCAGCACAAAGAUGCGAUACCGGUUACUCCUAAAAAGAGGCAUCGCGAUGCUGAUAGUGCAACACCGGAGAAGUUAGGAAAUGAAAGCUGCGAUUCAAUGGAUGACAAGCCCCUGAAUCAAUUAGAAAUUCAGCCUAGGCGAAAAAAGAAAAUACUCAGAGAUUUGAGGGUUACCGUCACAAAAUUAUCUGCUUCCGAAAAUCAAACGUCUGCUGAUAAAGGGGAAAAGUCGGAGAAAGCUGUGUUCGAUAAGAAUCUAAAAACAUCUGGAGAGAAAACGGGAAAGGCUGAAAAAGCUUCGCUCGAGAAGUCGGUCAAAGUAGACAAGAGUCAGUCUAAGAAAGCCCUAAAGUCUGAUUCAUCGACCGAUAAUCCACGGUCAGAAAGAAAUGCCUCCAAUCUGGAUGCUGCUUCUUCUACUGCCGCUUCCUCUGAUAGUAACGAAUCGAUUAAGGAUACCAAAAUAUCUAGCAUUGAUUUAAAUAUGAACGUUCCAAAUCCGGUGAAUCCUCUCGCAGCGUUAAUCCUCACAAAGAAGAAAAUCCGUAGAAGGAAAACCAUUAAUCGAACAGGUUUCCCUACUACAAAGAAAAAGAAGAAGAAGUCAUCACCAGAUGUAAGCUUGUCAAUGGACACCAAGUUGUCGAAAUCAACUAUAAUCGCUCAAGCAGCUAAAUUUCGGGAUUCGUCAUUAGAAAAAUUAAAGAACGAUGCUAAAACAGAGGAUAAGGCAGAGUUUUUGGAAUCUACGCAGACUCAGGAGAAGGUAUCAGUUUCUCCUACUAUUGAGGAUUCUGAUAUAAGAGACGCUAACGAAGAAGCGAUCACCGAUCAAAUUGAUGUAAAGGACUACGAUGAUUCCAAUUCCCCAAAACCGGAAUUGUCGAGGCACAGUUAUUCCGAGGACGUCCUGGAAUCUUAUCCUGGACAGUUGAGGGUUCGCAAGGAUUUGGUGGAGUGCGAUGGAUCCCAACCUUGCGACAAACUGUGUCCUGUUAAAUAUGAGAAAAUUCAAGACUCCAGGAUGUACGAUGAAAACGCCACCUUGGAGGAAUCUCUGGAAAGGUACAAUCAAAGUCAGAGGGUAGCUGAACUUAACGAGGAGAAUCUGCGGAAGUUGGAACGGGCUAACUCUCAGGACAACGUUAAAAUGGAACUCUCGAGUAAUAUCAAUAACAAUCAUGGCCAUAAGAGGAGAAGGGGGUCUGCUAGCCCUUGUAAUCUCACCCUUCGUAGCUUGAAGAGGCUCAGAAAUGCUGGUUAUGACACCGAGAGCGAUGCUUUGCCAAGCAGCGACAUUGCUAGCGACGACCACGAGGUCGGAAGAAACGUCAGUUUGACCCACGGCAGGAGAAAGCAGCCCAGGUGGAAGAAAAGGUACCUGCAGGCUGGAUUGUUUUCCGACUACUUUAAAGAAGACGAGCCUAGAAAAAUUAGCAAUUCGGACAAUGGAUCUGGCAAGAAUAAACUGGCAUACGACCCUGCUGAACAUCCACAUGGGUUGUUACCUCCACCUUAUCAUUGUGGCAAGUUUUUGAGGCAGCGAAAGAUACCGUUUCAGCUACCUUAUGACUUAUGGUGGCUGCAUACUCACUCGAGGCUUCCGGGGCGAGAUUUGGUUCCUUCCUGGAAUUACAGGAAAAUUCGAACAAAUAUUUAUUACGACGUGAAGCCCACUACAUUGUACGAAGCCCAGGCAUGUGAAUGCAAGCCUGAAAGUGGUUGUGGCGAUGACUGUAUAAAUCGUAUGGUCUUCAGCGAAUGUUCGCCACAGCUUUGCCCUUGCGGUGAAAAAUGUGAGAACCAAAAGAUUCAGAAACAUGAGUGGGCUCCGGGGUUGCAGCGUUUCAUGACGGAAAAUAAAGGCUGGGGUGUCAAAACGCAGCUGUCUAUUAAAUCCGGCGAUUUCAUUCUCGAAUACGUCGGAGAGGUUGUCUCGGAAAGGGAAUUCAAGUCUAGAAUGGCCACAAGAUAUGCCAGUGAUACGCAUCAUUACUGCUUACAUUUGGAUGGUGGCCUUGUAAUUGAUGGUCAUCGCAUGGGUGGUGACGGUCGUUUUGUGAAUCACUCUUGCGAGCCUAAUUGUGAAAUGCAAAAGUGGAGCGUACAUGGAUUACCGAGAAUGGCUCUAUUUGCGUUAAGAGAUAUUCAUUCAGGAGAAGAAUUAACGUAUGACUAUAAUUUUGCCUUAUUUAACCCCUCUGAAGGCCAACAAUGUAGAUGUGGUAGCAACGCCUGUCGAGGAGUUAUUGGCGGCAAAAGUCAGAGAGUCAGUCGAUCGCUUCUUCCGGCUCCUCCGCAAUUAGAACCGCCUACCGAAAGAAGAUCCGUUGGUCGUCCUCGGAAAAACGUUCGAAAGUCCAACAUCGUGCAGUCGUCGAAUUCCAAGGGCCUCUGCAAGUCUCGAAAAGUCGGCGACCCUACUCUUAUCAAUACUCCCUUGAUAAAGCCCAUGUCACACCAGCAGAGGUGCUUUGCACAGCAGCACCAUUGCUUCCUGCUGAGAAAUUUGGAAAAAGUCAGGCGUCUGAAAUCAUCGGUCAGUCAGGUGCAAACGCAGCCUGGGAAAACAAAAGUGAGCAGCGUGCAGGCUACCAAAGAAAAAUCUGCAGGCGAUUCCACAUUAUUCUCGCAAUUGACUGCUCUGACAAACACUAAUGCACGUACCGUACGAACACGUAGACUUGCGCAGGCGCAAGAUGAUCCUGAAGUUAACAAAACUGCAAAAUUGGCGAAGGUUUUAAAGGAUUUAUAUACAGUUGUAACGACCGCCAAUGAUGAGAACAGUCAACUACUAUGUACUCCGUUUAUGAAUUUGCCACCGAAGCGAAAAUUGCCUGAAUAUUAUGACAAAAUUCAGGAUCCGAUAGACUUGAUGACGAUAGAUCAGUGUAUCGGGACAGGACAUUAUAAAACAGCGGAGCUUUUCGAUCAAGAUAUGAUCAAACUCUUCGACAAUAACGUUAAAUUCUUCGGACGUACCUCCGAAGUAGGCAUAGCUGCAGCUAGACUGAGAAAGUUAUACUUAAGUAGUAAACCAGAUUUCAUUGAUGCCAUAACAGAAGCUACGGGCAUUCCUCCCUCGCAAGGAUUUUUACCUCCGCGAGGCUCGACUGCAGGCGAGGAGGAUGUUAUACGGUGCAUAUGUGGGUUGCACAGGGACGAGGGGUUAAUGAUACAGUGCGAACGUUGCUUAGUGUGGCAGCAUUGUGACUGUGUUAAAGCAGAUACAAGUGUGGAGUCUUAUUUAUGUGAAAGGUGUCAACCUCGCACGGUUGAUCUUGAGAUUCCAUUAGAAGGAGAAGAAGAAGAGGAAGGAAAGAAGCAUUACGUGACAUUAUUAAGAGGUGAUCUUCAACUCAGACAAGGUGAUACGGUAUAUGUUCUGAGAGAUACACCGGAAAAGCAUACGUACAAAACAAUUCAAAAGCCUGAUUAUGAGCAGAUGGAUAUAUUUAGAAUAGAAAGGCUAUGGAAGAACCCCGAGGGUGAGAGAUUUGUAUUCGGACAUCAUUACUUAAGACCACAUGAAACGUAUCAUGAACCAACGAGGAAGUUUUAUGAGAACGAGGUUGUAUGUGCACCACUUUAUGAAGCCGUUCCAUGUGAUUUAGUGGCUGAACGAUGCUGGGUUCUUGAUCCGCAUACUUUUUGCAAAGGACGUCCUGUGGGUGCUACUCCCGAACACACGUACGUCUGUGAAUAUCGGGUGGAUCGAGCUGCGAGGCUAUUUACAAAAGUUGCCAGAGCAAGACAUCAAGUGUGCACAAAACCUUAUGCCUUUGAAGCAUUUCCUGAACGUAUUAAGCAUUAUCGCACUUAUUUGCCCCACAGUUUGGAGGGUAUCCAGGCCAGUGGAAAACUUUUAAAAGAUAAGAAGAAACACAAUAGUCAAGAAGAACACAAUCAUAAAGUAGAAUCUACCGAGUCAAGUAAAUUAAACGGUAAAGAUCAACUUAAGACCUCUAAUGGAAGGACUAGACGUCGAUCCAGUGAAAGCUUAUCGGCGUACGCACCGUCUACGAUAUGUGUACAGAGAGAAGAACAAAAACGAAGGCUGAAUCGCAUACUAAUUGACUUGUUACAAAGGAUGCCAAACAAAAAAGAUCCUUUAGACUUAUCAUUCUUGCUGGAUCGAAAUAGGAGGAACCGAAAGAGACCGGGUGGUCUUAAUCCGUGAUAUUGGGUAAUAUCGCAACGAUAAUGUUGCGUUGUAUUGUACGUAAUCCACUUAUCACUUUCGAGUCCACUACCCUUGAGUCGAAGGAUCAACCAGCUUUGACACAGCGUUUUGACUGUACUAUGAAUUACCAGUGUGCGAUUCCUUAAGUAUAUUUACGUACAAAUGUAGAAUAUCUCUUAUUUCCCUUAAGCAGCCCGUCCAACGUUGGUAUGAGCUUAUUCUAUUAUGUUACAACGUUCAUUAUGGGUAAUCACACACUUUAUUCCUUUAUUUAAUGUAAUAUCUACUUAUCAUUCAGUUAUCGUCGGAAUGCGAUCAUUUGGUACAAUUUUAAAGAUAAAUACCAUUGCGUAAAUUACGCAUAUAUGUAUAAUCGAAUCGAAUAUGUAUGUAUAUUGACGGACAUGAAUCCCUUCAUUUCGGAAAUUGUACGGCUAGUGUAUAAUGGGUAGGCAUACAUGUCCAUCAGUGUACGCAUCGAUCCGUAAGGGUGAUCGAAAUGAUUAAAUAUCAGUCGCACAUGAGGUGAUUGUAUAAAAAUUUGAGAUACUUAAGAUUUUUGGGCUUUGCGAUAAAAAUCGACUUCCCUUAAGACAAUGGCAAAGGACAUGGAGCUCCUUUUAUUUAUUAAAAAUCAGAUUCUUGUACAGAGUUUGUUGUAAAUUAUUUUUAAUUUUUAUCGGAAAUAUCGUUAAGCCCAGAGAAUUACUUGUACAAAUUACAAACUAACCGCGAGAAUGCGCGAGUGAAGCUUUGUUGCACAAAGUUAAUAUUAUAUAUAUUUUUCAUAACCCCGGUGUUAAGUGAAAGUAAUUGUAAAGUAAAUCGAUAAGAGGAUAAGCGUACUUGAAUAAUGUAUUUAAGUUAUUAUUGCAGCCAAAUCUGGCUAAAAUUUUCAUUAUUUUAGAAUUGUACAUACACACAAAAUUGCAUAUUUAUUAUUAUACAUUACUAGCAUCAUAUACAUAUAUAUAUAUAUAAAUAUAUAUAUAUACAAAUAUUCAUAUUUAACACCCAUAAUCAUUGUUUUUUAUGAUAUUCAUAGAAUAUUCGCUGUAUACUUAUAGUCUUUAGUUCGAUCAUUUAAAAUAGGUGUGCGCUCGCUGCAUCUCCCUUGAUGGAAGACGAAGAUUUUACCGACGCAUUAUAUAAAAUUUUAAAAGAAAAUUAUUUUAAUAUCGUUUCCUUAUUUACACUCAUUGUGCGGGAAGAAAUUCGUUUUAUAUAUUAUGUGGCGUAUUUAAAUGGCGUAUUUAAGAAGCUGAUCUUUUACUAACAACGGAGUGAAAUUUAACAUUACAAACUUAGGUGCCUUCCGCCUUACGUUCGGGUAGGUGCAGUCCCUUGCUUUAUACUAACAGCGAGUAUCGAGCGUUUUGGAACAUGAUUUCGCCAUGUAAAUUACAUUUGAGUAAUUAAAUACUAGAAGGGGAUGGUCAAAUUUUCAACGACUUAGUGUUCCGCUUUUGACGACGUAGCGGUGAAUUGCUGAUUUCAAUUCGUGUAUGCUAAUGUACAGUUUUGAUGUCACGUGUCGAUCCGUUACGAUACUAGACGGAUAAUUUUGCACAGUUUUUCAUUGUAAAGAGCUCGAAAAGCGGAAUAUUUGGUCAUGUAAUGUUUACGUAUGAAAUAUGUUAUUCAUUUAAAACCCAUGCCCGUACAGAUUGCCAUCGUUAUCAUUUUGAAUCAUGAACUUUUGUUUGAAAGCGAAUCUCCGAAAGCUUUGCUGCCACGUAGAGUAUCUUAGACAAUUAGGCUUCUUUGCUACAGAAUAUUAAAACGCUUCCUCUACAUAGGUCCAUAACUCAACGUGGCAUUAAUUUUCUUCUAAUAAUACGCGAUAGCUCGUACGCAGUCGAUUGUAUUAAUUUCUGAGAAUGAUAAAUACACGUUACCGAAAUGUAAUGGUGCACGUAAUUUUGUCAUGGAUGUCUCUAAGAAUGUCCCCACUGUUUGAUACAGAUUUUUUAACCAACUAGUGUCUGUUAAAGUUCUCGACACAGUAU